CCGACCUACCAAUUUACAGAUAAAGAUAUUUUCCCAUUGAACAACAACAACAAGAUAACAACAGUGGAACUAAUCAACAGCUGUAAGAAGGAAGUUUUCGUUCCGUGAAUACUUUUGGCCCUUUACUUCAACACUGCAGUAAUUUCAGAUGGACGACCGUGACAGGAAACGGUUUCAAGCCAUUCAAGUUCGCUUUGCAGAGAGGGUUGAUUCAGUAGAAAUGUUGGGGUAUAUUACAUGUCUGACAGAGCAUACAAGGGAUACUGUGAAAAAUUCCCAAACUGCUCACAAUGGCUCCAAACUCUUGUCAGCUCAGACACUGUUUGCAGCUCUAAAAUGUCGUCCAGAUGGUUUAAAACAAGCUGCAUAUGCUCUUCGUCAGUGUGGCCAUGACGACCUUGCUAAUGAGAUAGAACCGCAGGAAGGUGCAUCUCAAGCAUCAGCACACCACCACUUUCACUCUCCACAACGGUGUCACAGCCUUCUAGAAAAAUCGGUAGCUAAUGUCUUCGGAGCCAAUGAUCCAAAUGUUCAACAUAGUAACCAAGGAAUUCCAGCUUCAUUAAGGCAAAACGCAUCAUUCAGGAAUGGUGCUCCAAACAUCCCAGAUGGUAGCAAUAGCUACCCAUAUGUACCAGGCAGGGACACGGUUCCAAACUUCCAAACUCUUAACAUGUCUGCUACAUAUCCAGGAGCCUCAAAUGUUGGUUUGCCGGGACCCACAUGGUCCAUGUCACAACAGCCUCCGCUUGAUGUUAAUGAGUUGCAACAACAGCCUUAUUACCAGCAUCAGCCGGUCAUGAUUUUGUAUGAUAGGAAUGCACCGUCAAACCAUUCAGCUCCUACCAUGUCGGAAUUUCAAAGAUACCCACAAGGUGAUCAACCUGCACACGGCUUUGGUAGUAAAGAACCAUCUAGGACAGGAUUCACUACAAUUAGGAGAGUUAAUACACCCUUUUCACAGAAAAACGAUUUGGAUAAAUCUGAUACAGAAAAUGAAGAUUCAGAUUACGAUUUUACAGUGAAGAAAAAUAUAGAACAAGAAGAGAAUAGUUCAUCUCUACCAGAGAGUGAUGCAAGCAAAAUUAUUAAUACCCAGGAAAACGCUGAAUACAGACAUACACUGACGAAUAAUGAGGUUGACAUAGAAAAGAAAGUAAGUUUUAGAAUGACCGAAGGAAGUUUCGAAUAUGUUCCAGUUAAACCACAAGCAACUGGUUUUGAUUCCAGCGAGACUAUGGUUAAAGAGUUUGACAAUUCCAAAAGAAGUGUAAACAAUAAAGACAAUAAUGCAACUCAUGCUGGAUUUGAUUCAAGUGAGACCACACUUAAAUCUCCAAUAAAAAAAUAUGAACAUACAGAUUCGUCCAACGUUGAAAGUACGAUUAAACGUUCGUUAAGAUCGGAAGCUGUUAAAAACAACUUUGAAACAGAAAUCACCCAAGAAAAUGUUGAGAAUAUACGACGGGAAUGUUUCUCAGAUGUCUAUUCCCAAACUUCUUCACUAUUGCCUUCAGCUCCAGAAGUGUCAAUAAAAAGAACCGCUAUCGUUGAAGUGACGCAACCAAUCGACCAAUCUCUUGAAGAUGCGAGGAUACCGGAAAUGAGGAUCCUUCGAGACGAUUCUGAACUUAAAAGUAUAAUGAGGAAGAAGGAAAAGGCAAAUAUCUUUGGGAUUUCUAGUUAUAUAAUGGAUGGUAAAACCGAGGAUGGGGCAAGUUUUGUUUCAGAUUCUGAAGAAAGUAGUAAUGCUGUGAAUUCAGAUGAGGGCAUUAUUUCAGCGGAUGGUUUUCCUACUACAGAAGGUAAUACCGAAAAACUGAAUGACCAUCCUAAAGAUUUGACCAAAGAUCAGACCAAAAACAACAAGAAAAGUAUGACUGCAAUAAGGCCAGAGCUUGCUGAAAAUGUAAAUGCGGAGAAUUCAACAGAUGAAAGAUUUACGUCAUGGAUCAGUUUUGGGUCUUCGCUUGUGAGUUUUACCUACAAGGUCUUGCACCCAGAUGUUUGAAGACAGUUUACCAGCUUUCACGCUGGUUUGAUAUAAGAGUUUGUAUUAAUUGCUAGUUUAUAUAUAUCUAGUUGAACAUUCAGUGCAAAAUAUCAGCUCGUGGUGUGUAAGGACCAGGAAUAUCGUCAAAUCGAAGAAUGUGUAUCCCAUUUUAAUAUUUAUGCCCCCCUUCGAAGAAGAGGGGGUAUAUUGCUUUGCUCAUGUCGGUAGGUCGGUACGUCCACCAGGUGUCGGUACGUCCGUCCACCAGGUGGUUUCCGGAUGAUAACUCAAGAACGCUUGGGCCUAGGAUCAUGAAACUUCAUAGGUACAUUGAUCAUGACUCGCAGAUGAACCCUAUUGAUUUUGAGGUCACUAGGUCAAAGGUCAAGGUCACGGUGACUCGAAAUACUAAAAUGGUUUUUGAAUGAUAAUUCAAGAAUGCAUACGCGGCCAACAGGGCACACUCUGAACAAUAUUACUGAAGCAACUGGUCUGUAAUCCUAAAUCUAUAAUUAUCAGUCCAAUGAAACAUCAUCCUUUUAGUAAAAUACAGUGGAUCAGUAAAAAUAUUAUCAGAAUAUGAGAUUUUUUGUAUAUUUUGUAUAUUAAAUAUUGUGUUAAUGUUUAAUUUUGUUGAUUAGUAUAAAUAUAAGCAGGACAGGGGAGGUAAUUCACUACAGGGGAAACAAAUGCAAUAAGUUUAAAUUUAUUGUUACAGAUUUGCCUCCCUUGUAAUAUAAUUAAAUUUUACCAAAUGUAAGGCUAACAUCAUUUUUGUAAUGCAUACUACUACUACUACUGCUGCUGCUGCUGCUGCUGCUGCUGCUACUACUACUGCUACUACUUCUACUACUACUGCUACUACUACUACUACUACUACUACUACUACUACUACUACUACUACUACUACUACUACUACUACUAACUCAAGAACGCUUAUGCCUAGGAUCAUGAAACUUGAUAGGUACAUUGAUCAUGACUGGCAGAUGACCCCUAUUAAUUUUCAGGUCACUAGGUCAAAGGUCAAGGUCACAGUGACCCGAAAUAGUAAAAUGGUUUCCUAAUGAUAACUCAAGAAAGCUUAUGGCUAGGAUCAUGAAACUUCAUAGGUACAUUGAUCAUGACUCGCAGAUGACCCCUAUUGAUUUUCAGGUCACUAGGUCAAAGGUAAAGGUGACAGUGACAAAAAACAUAUUUACAAAAUGGCUGUCACUACAACUGAGAGCCCAUAUGUGGGGCAUGCAUGUUUUACAAACAGCCCUUGUUUUAUAACAUAAUUAAACUAAUAAAACAAUUAUUAACAUGAUACAGAUAAAUUGAAGCAGGCCGUUUGUAAAGGCUCAUAUAAUUUGCGCGUCUUGGGUUAUACAUUUCAUGAAAUUUAAGCAUGAACACAAAUUGGGUUGUACUAUUUGUUGACAUAAAAACAAUUAAACUAAGCAUUCCUGUCGCGUUUGGAUUUGUCACAUUAGAAUAGUAACCCGUUGAUACAAAAGAAAAUGUAUUUAUGAUUAUUAAGAUUAGUAUAUAUAUCUGUGAUAUUACUAUGUUGUUAAGCUUAUAACUAUUUAUUUAAGCUCGAUUGCAUCGAUAGCCUAUGACUUAUUUAAAACGCCAUCGAGUCUGUUUCCUGGGACAAGAACCAAUACUUGGUGUCUAUUGGGGAGCUGGUCAGAACGCUCCCACAGUGGUGAUCGAAUUUUUGACCUCCCGGUCGAUAUACCGACACCAUAUCCACUACGCAAUGGUGACCUCAAUCUUGUUGAUUAGUGCACUACCUGUUUACAACCAUAUAAUAGUACUAUAUAGAGGAUAUUUGCUGGUUUCAAUAGAUUAUCAAUUUUCAUUAAGACUUGAUAAGAGCAUUUGAUAUUUUCACAUCUGACGCAGCCAUGAGUGAAAAUAUUUUAACAUUAUAUAACACGAGUGCAUAAAAAUUUAUAAUCUCUUUUCCAACAUUUAUAUACAUUUUAAAAGAUUUAAACUGGAUAAUUUUCCUUGGAUAAUUACAUCAUGACGCCAAACAACGAUUUCAUUUCACUGUAAAUCAGAGUCAGUUCUCGAUAUCUUUAAUUGUUAUUGGUAAUUACCAGCGAAUUAUCGUUUGUAUUACCCUAAAAGCAUUGAAAAGCAUCAGAUUGAUAUGAUGAAUUUAUUUAGGUAUAAUGUUCUGUUUUGUUUGUUACUGUUGUAUACAAUCUAAUAAGUUUUAGUUUAUUAGCUUUUAAUACAAACCUCAGAAAAGUUAUUUUGAAUUAAAAUUAAAUAUUUGUAUUUUAAUUUAAUGUAUGAUAAAAAUGUAUACUUCAUGAUUGUUAUCAUCAAUUUUUUGAAAUAUAAUUAUGAGAAAGCAAUACAUCACAACGAGCAUUUUAAUCAGAAUGCCUAAGAGUUAUCAGUAUGUGUGUUACAACACAUGUUGAGUGUGUAUAUCAGGAUUUUGUUCCAUGAUUUUUAGAUCUUACACGUGUUGUCAUUUCAUACCACAUUGUAUUCAACUUAUUCAGGAAUUGUGUUUUUAAGGAAGUCUAACAGGUCUAACAGACAUAUUUCCCAGACGAGUUUAAUAAAUGAUGCUUUGGAAUGACAACUAAUGUCAGAUAUCAAAUUAGCACACACAAUUAACAUUUAUGUUAACGUCAUGAAAACCCGGAAAGUUGCUUUACAAAGCUUGACGUCAGUUGACGUUUCAACCUCAUUUCAACAAAAUGGACAACAUGAUUCGUCAGUAUUCCAAAAAAGCCAACAAAAUGCUCCAAAAGGCUACAUAACCCAUUUUUAAAACAAAUAUACGUGAUGGUAACAUUACUUAGAAAACAAGGUGUAACAUGUGAUACAAUUAAAAUAUUUCAUACAUUAUAUUGAAAGCAAACGGUCUGAAUGAUAUUCCUGUAUGAUUCUAUCUAUUUUGUGGACUUUUGACCGAUGUGAGCUCUCAAAGACGUUUGCAAUGUUUUUGAAUUUUACACAUUUGUUGUGAUUGAAAGCCAACAAGAACAAUUACAUGUUGCCAUUAAGAUUUUGUAUAUCAUUAUUCCGUAUCAUGCAACUCGCUUGUAAUUAUUUCAUUUUCAUGGAUUUUGAUCGUUCCAGUAUUAUUUUUUUCAUUGAAGUUGGUUUUGAAUUCAGUAUAUUUUAUAUAGCCAGUCUUUUAUACAGCCUAUUAGUAUUUGGUUGAAAUAUCUCGAACACUUUAUAAUAUGUUUCUUUGUUGUGUUGAUAUUUUUUUUGAAAUCGCUGUGUUGUAUCCCCUUUUUCAUUUAGAAACACGCUAUUUAUAGCUUCAAAUUGUAAAUUAAUAUGUUGUUUUUUGCAUAACGGUACAUCAUUGAGGUUGUAAGGACUGUGCAUUUGUGUUUAUUAUUUUCGCUUUAUGUCACAUGGCCAAUACAUGAUUCAUAGGAGACCAAUAUGUGUUGUGGUUUUUGUUAUAAUGGAAUGAAAAAUAAAAUAUUUUUCAAAGAAAACAUUAUUCACAACAUAUCAAUAAAACCAUCGAGCAUUCAUUAGAAGAGUACGUGGUCAAAACCAAACCACCUUUGUAACAAAACAAUAAUAACAAGUAAAUAACAUUUGUUUGACUAACUCAAUAGUAAGAUCUGUGGUAGGACAGUUUUUCCAGGCUGGGCGGGGUUACUUAAACCUAACAUGUGUUUACCCAUUAAUCAUCAUUUAUUCUUAUUACCUUUGUCAAGAGCUAUAACAUAUUGAAAAAGGAAUGUAUUAAUAUGAUAUACGUUGAAAUUCCGAGCGUAUACUAUAAUAAACGAUUGUAAUGGUAUUUAUUACUUAAAUGAUAGACAUUUAAAAUGUGAUAUUACAAUUAGUACAGAGGGUCUUCUAAUUGAAUAUUAUUUUGUCUAUUAUACAAGCCAUUUUUAGAUUCAUGAAAAUAAAGCACAAAAUAUGUCA